AUGGCUACAUAUACCGGAUCUGCUGCAUACGCAUCGCUCAGAUCUAAUCUGGUCAAUCUUCCUCCAUCUAUAGCUACUCUCCUCUAUUCUUCAAACAUUAACGUCCAAGAUGUAGUCCUAGACCUCUCAUGGUCAACUGGCCGUGUAUCCAAAUCUGCCAAACGUCAUGCAUACGUUGGUUGGUCAGGAAUGACUAGUCGCACCGACCAUACAGGUGCAGAACUUGUCGAACUUGACCCCGUCUUCGCCCAAGCCCUCGGAAUCAAUCCUCAAACCCCACUCUCAAUCACCGUUCAUAGCGCUUCAUCUGUCCCAAUCGCUCGCACAAUCUACCUUGAGCCCCAAUCUGCUUCCGACUGGGAAAUAAUUGAACUUCAUGCCCAGUACCUCGAGGCCCGCAUGCUCAAUCAAGUCCGUGCUGUAGCAACCCACCAGCCCGUCGUUGUCUUCCCUUCAUCAACUUCCAUCGCAACCCUCUCUGUGCUCAAAAUUGAACCUCCACUGCCUCCAGGUUCUGACUUUGCAAAAGUUUCUGCCGAUGCAGAAGUUGUAAUUGCUCCCAAAGUUCGCAAGAAACCCCAACAAUCUUCUUCCAAGUCUAAAUCCAACCGAUCAAUCGCCGCUAGUAGCAACUCCCGUCGCCACCGCAGCUCCGGACCUUGUGUCCUGCUAAGAGGAGUCUCUCUUCCACAUAAAUCAUUUCCCAAAGACAUUAACAAUACCUCCGACUACCGCAUCUUUGUUGAUCAAGAUUCCCUGACACCCUUGGGUUCCCCAGAAUAUGUCUUUGUUAGUAUUGUUCGACCCAAAGCCAUUAAAAACAAUGCUGCUGCCGCCGCUGCUGCUGCUGCUGCUGCCUCUACAAAUACUUCUGCUUCUGCUCCACCUUCAUCAGAUGAUCCAAAUGCAGUUGUCUCCUCAGAAGGAACUCCUGCAGAUGAUGACUCCGGUGAAGUUGUCUAUGCUAGUCAUAAAAUUGUUGCACGUGUCGUUACCUCAGAUGCCCCGCCACAAGACCAUGUUGCACUGUCUCAUGCUUUGGCUUUGGCUCUAGUAGCAGGAUCUUCUGUAGGUAACGUUGUCCGCAUUGAGGCUGCUCUCAAGCCUCUUGCUCAUCCACCCUCAACCUUGAUUGUACGUCCCUAUGUGACAUCCUCUGCUCCAUCAAAACCUUCAAAAUCGGGACCAGUCAAACUUGGGAGAUCGGCUGCCGCUGCUGCUGCCGCUGCUGCUGCAGGGAAAACCCCAGAAUCACAACUGGCUGAAAAGGAAGCUGCACGACAAGAACAAGCCGCUGCUUUACGUGCUCUCCUCGAAUCCGCAAAAAUCCUCCAAGGUCCCAUCACUCACAACAUGCGCUUGCCUCCAGCCUCUCCUGCCUUGGAACAUGGAGGUGUGCUUCAGCUCAAGUCCGCCGAAGGUUGGAUCAAACCGGGAACUACCCUGGAAUUCGCCAUUGAACUAGGUACCCCCCUGAUCCAAGCCGAAUCUGCAGUUGGAUCUUCUCUCGAGGCUGCCCUGGCCCCUGAAGAGUCUUCUUCUCAAGUAGUUGGCAUCGAUAAGACCCUUGCGGAAAUCAACAAUGCCCUUAGAUCUGGCUUUUCUCUUGGUGUGCUUGUACACGGCGCCCGCGGGUCAGGCAAAUCAGCGGUUUUGCAAACUGUGGAGCGUGGACUGGUCACAGACCUAAUCCACGUCGUUCACGUCUCUUGCGGCCCCCGGGCAGAAGACCCUGUGGCUUCCAUCCAAGACUUGUUACGACGCGCACUUCUUGAAGCCUCCUGGCACGCACCUUCAGUCAUCGUGCUCGAUGAUUUCGAUACCCUUGUCCCCGCAGAAGUUGAGCAUGCCGAUGGCACCAAGGCCCGGCAACUUGCAGAGGUAUUUGCACGCACAGCCCGUGAAACAAUGGCUGCACGACCUGUGAGCAUUCUCGCUUCCGUUCAAGCUAAAGAAAGUGUGCACGCACAUCUGACUACAGCCCAUGUGUUUGAGGAAACUGUCGCCCUCAAGUCUCCAGAUAAGGAGGUGCGCCGCGCAGUUAUUAGCGAAGCAAUGCGGCAGCUCGGUAUGGUGCCUGACGCCGGAUUCGACAUGUUGGAGGUUGCCGGAUCCACAGAAGGAUACCAAGCAGGCGAUCUGUGGACUCUUGUGGAGCGCACACGGCACCAGACAAUCAUAAGACGCGUGGAAACAAAAGCCGUUGACACAGCAACAACCCAGGAUGACUUUAUGCAAGCGCUUGCUGGGUUUGUUCCCGCUAGUUUACGUGGCGUCAAGCUGCAAAAGUCUGGUGUUGCGUGGGCUGAAAUCGGCGGUCUAGCUGAGACCAAAAAAAUGCUGCUGGAAACCCUCGAAUGGCCCACCCGUUAUGCACCGGUCUUUGCCAAAGCUCCAUUGCGUCUGCGGUCUGGACUGUUGCUCUACGGCUACCCCGGAUGUGGCAAAACCCUACUUGCAUCUGCGGUCGCUUCACAAUCCGGGCUCAACUUUAUUUCUGUCAAGGGUCCUGAGAUUCUCAACAAAUACAUUGGUGCCUCCGAACAAUCUGUGCGUGAUCUUUUUGAAAGAGCUCAAGCCGCACGACCCUGUGUGUUAUUUUUCGACGAAUUUGAUGCAAUCGCACCCAAGCGUGGCCAUGACUCAACAGGUGUUACUGACCGCGUUGUGAACCAGAUGCUGACGCAAAUGGAUGGUGCUGAGGGCCUGGAUGGCGUUUACGUCCUAGCAGCAACUUCUCGACCUGACCUGAUCGAUUCGGCUCUAUUGCGUCCAGGUCGUCUUGACAAGGCGAUGCUGUGCGAUAUGCCUAGCUUUGAGGACCGGCUAGACAUUUUGCAAGCCGUUGCGAGCGGCGGCGGACAUGCAGACAAACAAAUGGCGCUGGGAGAGAGUGUGGACUUGGCAGAAGUUGCACGGCAAACCCAAGGAUACUCUGGCGCCGACCUGCAAGCCGUGCUAUAUAAUGCGUACCUGGAUGCGAUUCACGACUUGGUUGAUUUGCCCGAAGGCGACGACGAUGAUGCUGACGAAGGAGAAGAUGAAACGGACGGCGAUGACGUGGAGUAUUUCCAAACACGCACAGAGGACCAUUCCGCGCGUGCUAGAAUUGCCGAAAAGGCCCGGCUCAAAAAACAACUGGAAGCUCUCGCACAGCCCGUCGCAGGCAAAUCAUCACAAGCAUCUACUACUGCUUCAACACCAAACAAGGUGGCUACAAUCGAGGCCCGGCAUCUGGUCCGGUCGCUCCAGGACACACAACCGUCCAUUUCUGCGUCGGAGCAACGCAAACUCGCUGGUAUCUACCGCCAGUUUGUGUCAGGCCGUAGCGGAGACAUGCCCACCGGCGAAAGCAGCACCGAAGUAGGGGCUCGCGCUACCUUGAUGUAA